AUGGGGUCAGCGGCGCCGUCCGACCUGGUCCGCACGUCCUCGCUCCCCAGCGUGUACAUGGAGGAUCGGCUCCGUCGCCGCGCAAUGCAGAGCCAGCGGCGCCUCGAGGCCAAGCGCAAGCGCCUCGAGCGCCGGAACUCCAUGAACUCCGGCAGGUCCGCCACAAGCACAAGCGCCGGUGCCGGCCGCGAUGAAGCCCUGGAGCAGGCGGUGCCCAGCGGCUUCCAGCUCAGGCGCACGGUCGCCUUGCAGGGGACCACCUCGUCCAGCGCGCCGGAGCAAGGUAUAAGAAUAAGUGUGGGGGAGAACUCUCAAGAUCGACAACCAUCCAUUCAAGAUCUUCCCCAACAUGUUGCACUAAACCAGACUGAGACGGCUCAGUACACUGAAGAACAGGACGGAUGA